GGUACCGGACAGCCAAUCACGAUAUUCGCAUCCGAGUUCACUUGUUCGACAAGCCGAGCGAUAACACUGAAGGAAAUAAGUCCUCGUCUCCACGUCGUCAUGGCAUCUGGAGCUCUGUUCCCCAGCUUGGUUUCCGGCACCCGCGGCUCCUCCAGCAAGUACCUGGUGGAGUUCCGGGCUGGGAAGAUGACGAUGAAGGGCAGCACGGUGACCCCCGACAAGCGCAAAGGUCAGGUCUACAUCCAGCAGACCGAUGACUCCCUCAUCCACUUCUGCUGGAAGGAUCGGACGACCGGGAACGUGGACGAUGACCUGAUCAUCUUUCCUGAUGACUGUGAGUUCAAACGGGUGAACCAGUGCACCAGCGGCCGGGUGUACGUGCUGAAGUUUAAAGCUGGCUCCAAAAGACUCUUCUUCUGGAUGCAGGAACCGAAGAGCGACAAGGAUGACGAGUACUGCCGCAAAGUGAAUGAGUACCUGAACAACCCGCCCAUGCCGGGCGCUCUGGGCAGCGGCGGCAGCGGAGGGCAUGACCUGUCGGCGCUGGGAGGGGAAGGCGGGCUGCAGAGCCUUCUGGGUAACAUGAGCCACAACCAGCUCAUGCAGCUCAUCGGACCAACGGGGCUGGGUGGGAUCGGUGGCCUCGGCGCUCUGGCCGGGCCGGGCUUGACCAACCUGCUGGGCAGCAGCAGCAGCAGCAGCAGCAGCAGCAGCGUUCCUGCAGCCACUAACUCCUCCACCAGUCCAUCCACCGCCGUCACUCCGACCUCCACCUCGGCCGCCAGCCGGCUGGGCUCCUCGCAGGUUCCCACCACCCCCAUCACCCCCCUGGCCACCUCUGCAGCCUCCCCCACGGCCACCACCCCGUCCACCCCGGCCUCCUCCACUCUGGCGGCGGCCGCGGCCGCGGCCAACCCCACGCAGCCCAUCCAGCUCCGGGACCUGCAGAGCAUCCUGGCCACCAUGAACGUCCCGGCCAGCAGCCAGGGAGUGGACCUGGCCAGUGUGCUGACGCCGGAGAUCAUGGCCCCCAUCCUGGCCAACCCCGAGGUGCAGCAGCGGCUGACGCCCUUCCUGCCCUCCGGGGAGUCCCUGCCCCAGAGCUCGGAGGAGCUGGGGAACACGCUCAGCUCGCCCCAGUUCCAGCAGGCUCUGAGCAUGUUCAGCAGCGCCCUGGCGUCGGGGCAGUUAGGGCCUCUAAUGAACCAAUUUGGUCUGCCGGCAGACGCCGUGGAUGCAGCCAACAAAGGAGACGUGGAAGCGUUUGCCAAAGCCAUGGAGACGGAGACGAAGUCGGACCAGGACAGCGACCCUAAAGACAAGAAAGAUGACGACGAAGACAUGAGUCUGGACUGAGUGUUCUGUUGGGAAAAACUAACAUCUCCUUAUUUAAAUGUAUUUAUUGACCUGCUGCUAUUUUGUUUGUAAUCACAGACUGAGGAUUAAGAUGAGGGAUACUAGUUUAGGAACUAAGACCCAGCUGGUAGUGCUUUGAAUUAAUAUCUGCUGAUUUAAGUCACACCUGCAUGUCGGCAUCAAACCCACAUCCUUCCUCCAGGAAACAGUAAAGAUGUAGAAACAC